AUGGAAGAAGUUUUGAAUCUCACUUCCACUCGAAACUCUUUAUCCGAUCUCGAGGAGGCCGAUUGCUGUGCUGAGAAGUCAUAUCCUUGUUGCACUGAUGCUUGUGUAGAUCGUCUUGUUGACCGCGGGUAUACUGCAAAUACGGGUCUGUCGCCAUUCAAGGAUGGCACAGGUACCGAGUUUACCGAAGGCAACGGUAAACCUCUUCGCACUUCUAUUCGUGAAGAAUAUGGUGCUAGGCUAAGAGCGUUAGGCUGCUUGUGCCGCAUGUUGAUUGCGAAAGGAAUGGAGUCGUGUUGUGAAUCACGCGCUCAUCGGACGUCUUUUACCAAACAGUGUAGAGAUUCUGUAAAAGAGAAAAGGAACAGAUGUAAAGAUGCCCGAAUGGAUCGCAGACUAUGCUCAAAACAACUUUCUUCUUGCACUCAAACGUCGGAAUUUAAGACUGAAAAGCAAGUUAAAAAUUGUAACAACAGGGAUGAACCAAACAUACCUACUAAGGCCACGGGUUGCUGCGCCAAAGAAAGCUCAGGCACGAAAUGUGCUUCAAGAAAAGCUGUUCUGGCAAGUAACGAAACACAGGAGGAGAUUGUCACCUCAGCUCGUACGGGAGCUCCAAAUUCCAUCGAGCAUGUCGUCAUUUCUGUGUAUGGGAUGACGUGCACAGGCUGCGAGACGAAGUUGCUGAAAACACUUCAAAGAGUUCCUACCUUGAUAAAUUUAAAGACAAGCUUAGUUUUAGCCCGCGCCGAAUUUGACUUGGAUAUCGAAAUUUCCCCAGUUUCCCAAGUGUUGAAACAUUUGGAACGAACCACGGAGUUUCGCUGUGAACAGAUUAAUCUUGCAGGCAUGACUUUGGAAGUAGUUGUCCUAGAAAAAUUGGAGACUUUUCGGAAUCGUAAGCUACCAGAUGGAGUGACAGACAUGAUUGUCGUUGAAAAAAACUUGGUUAGAAUCAACUAUGAUCCAAACGUCAUAGGAGCACGCGAUCUCUUGGAAACCAUUUGGGCUGGAAUUGUGUCGCUUGCUCCAUUGUGUGUUGAUCCAGCUUUGAAAGCUGGGAAAACGCACACACAGUUUAUCGGACUCAUGACAAUUCUCUCUGCAGCUUUGACCGUUCCUAUCUUGAUCAUGGCUUGGGCUCCCCUACCUGAUCGUCCAGUGGCCUAUGGGAUAGCAUCUCUCACUCUUGCCACCUUGAUCCAGGUUCUCGUCGCUGGACCCUUUUACCCAAAAGCACUAAAAGCUUUAGUUUUCUCUCGUGUGAUUGAAAUGGACCUUCUUAUUGUUUUGAGUACCAGCACAGCGUACAUUUUUUCCCUUGUUUCAUUUGGAUUUCUCACAGCUGGAAAACCUCUUAAGACUGGUCAAUUUUUUGAAACUAGUUCGCUCCUUGUUACAUUGAUAAUGGUUGGCCGUUAUUUUACGGCCCUCACGCGUCAAAAAGCCCUAGAAAGCACCUCUAUUCGAUCACUACAAUCGAAUGAAGCUACACUAGUCAACAGUGCCAGUGAAUUUGAAGGUCGGAAAAUAGAUGUAAGACUCCUGCAGCGCGGUGACAUUUUCAUGGUGAUUCCCGAUUCAAUAAUCCCGACAGAUGGUGUUGUCGUCAAUGGAGAUUCGGAUGUUGACGAGUCUAUGCUAACUGGAGAGUCCGUUCCUGUUGAAAAACACCUUAACUCCCGUGUAAUUGCCGGUACUAUGAACAUGUCAGGCACACUGCUCAUUCGCACAGCUCGACUGCCUGGUGAAAACACAAUAAACGAAAUUGGUGCGAUGGUAGACGAUGCAAAAUUAUCAAAACCUAAGAUUCAGCAAAUCGCAGAUUUAGUGGCUUCUUUCUUUGUGCCCGUUAUCGUUACAAUAACAAUCAUCACCUUCGCAAUUUGGAUUGUUGUUGGCAUAAAAAUCCAGAAGAAGAACAACUCCGACGCCAUUGUUCAAGCCAUAAGCUAUGCCAUUACCGUACUUGUUGUCUCUUGUCCUUGUGCUAUAGGCCUUGCUGUUCCGAUGGUUAUAGUUUUUGCAAGUGGCCUUGCAGCCCAACGAGGCAUUAUUAUAAAAAGUGCUUCUGUGAUUGAGACGGCACACAAAAUUUCUCACGUUGUUUUCGACAAGACAGGGACUUUGACUAAAGGAGAGUUAAAGGUGGUAUCAGAACAUUUUUCCGAGGGUGUAGAGACACAACUGGGGUUACUUUUGAGCCUAGUCUCAAAUAGUAAGCAUCCUGUCUCAAUCGCAGUUAAAAAGCAUCUCUUGGAGAAGAACCUUACCGGAAGUUCCAUAAACAACAGUAGAACAAUAGUUGGUCAAGGAAUAAAAGCAGAAUUUAAUGGAAAAAGUUUACGAGCGGGAAGUGCCCGUUGGAUAGAUAUUGAAAACCAUGACGUUGUUCGGCAAAUGCAGAGCGAAGGCUAUACUACAUUCUGCUUUUCCGUCGGUGGUUCCGUCAGCGCAAUUUUUGCCCUCGAAGAUUCGCUCAGAGAUGAUGCGCCUGACGUCGUUGCUCGACUGCAAAGGCAAGGUGUGUCUGUUCACUUACUCUCGGGUGAUGAUGAAGUUCCCGUUCUCUGUGUCGCAUCCAAAUUAAAAAUCCCAGAAACCAAUGUUAAAGCAAAAUCUUCCGCAAUAGAUAAGCGGCUGUAUGUUGAGAAGCUGUUGAAGAAUCAUUGCGUCGAUGGAAAAGCAAACGUAAUGUUUUGUGGUGAUGGCACAAACGACGCUAUUGCGCUGGCCCAAGCAACAAUUGGAAUUCAUCUCAACUCAGCAAGCGGUUUGGCGGAGUCUGCCGCCGAUGUUGUAUUGGCGAGACCAACUCUUUCAAGCAUUGUUAGUUUGAUGAACCUCAGCAAACUUUCCAUGCAACGUAUUCGAUUUAAUUUCGCUUGGAGUUUCAUUUACAACCUUUUGGCUAUCCUAUUAGGUGCAGGCGUUUUUGUUAAGGCUAGAAUCCCCCCUGAAUAUGCUGGUCUUGGUGAACUAGUCAGCGUAGUUCCAGUCAUUGUUGCUGCACUUCUUUUGAAAUGGGCCAAGAUUUGA